CUAGCAAUGAAAGUGAUGUGCAUAUUUUUUUCAUGUUUAAAGUGUUUUCAAUCGUAAAAAUUGUGAAUUUUCGUUCGGCUUUGACAUCUUGUGGAGCUGGCGGAUGAUUUUGCUCGCCGAGGGAGGAGAAUCACACUCCCCUUUUUCUAAUCAGAUUUUUUUUAUGCUUUUGUUGCUUUCCAUUCCUUUCUUAUUUUGUUUAUUUGUUUUCUUGUUUUCAUAAGAUAGCGUUUCGAUAGAAGUUUUCAAUCUCUUGCGGUUUGUGUAGUUCUUACGUGCAAGUGAAGUGGAUGAUCGUUUUUGGCCAAGAGCAAUAUUGGCAGUAGUCGAAUCAAUGAAACUCGAUUGUCCGAUUUUAUUCUCCUGUUCGGAAAAAGUAAAAAGUGGGUGUUCGUUGUGAAAGGAAUUUGUUAUUGAGUAAAAACAUCCUCAAUUUUAUUUAUUUCGAUACACCUAGAAAAACCAUCACUGUGAGCCAUUAUGAAAGGAUUUUCAACGCGACUGGUUGAAAAAAUUUUCGUCUAAAGCCAGAAUCGUAUGAAAGCGUAGAACGUCGUCAUCGUUCGAAUUGAUCACAACCGAUUGUGUGAAAGGUAAUCUAGCAGCGUUCGACUCCCCAUUCGUUCGUUCAUGAUUGAUGAAAGAGCAUUGCUGCUAUCAGCUGCCGAGACGACGACCGUGGAAAAUAGGAGUAAAAAAUCUCAUUUAUGAGUCACUGAUGCGUACGCGAUUAUCAGUGCCAGAGGAGGAAGCAACGUGAAAAUGUCGUCGGCGAGCAGAGAAAACGUCGACUUGGAGUGCUUCUUGGUCACGAAGCACUCGUGGAAGGGCAAAUACAAGCGGAUUUUCUCCAUCGGUUCCUGCGGAAUUUCGACCUACAAUCCGGAGAAGUUCGACCUUACCAAUCGAUGGCAGUACAACGAGAUAGUCAGCGUGUUGCCAAACAAGUCUGGAAAUACUUCCAAUGAGUUUGUGUUAAAUUUGCGAAAGGAUAAAAAGGUUGACACAGUAAGGCUUUCAUCAGAGUAUCGAAAUGAAAUUCUUACCUCACUGCUGAAGUUCUACAAGGAUUUUUCGGAGAAGCCAAAGCAUAUUCUGGAUGACGUAGAAUAUCCUACUGAGUCCUUUCAAAGUACAAGUUCCGCGUCUUUGAACUCUGCCGCCAAUUCCGGUUCAUUGGCUUCGUCCCCAUCGUGGGAAUCUAGUAUUAGGCUAAAUAGUUGGAUUAGGAUACUAGUGUCAACACUGCUACUGCAACCGAGCGUUAGCAAAUGCUUGCCGCACUAUGAGCCCGAGUCUCAAAAAUUUGAUGCCUUCAAGCAUCAUUGGUCGGGUACUACCUUGCCCGCCGUGUUGGAAGUAACUCCUAGUUCGCUGGACCAACUAGACCCGACUACCAACACAGUGCUGGCAAGCUACAACUACAAAGACAUCGAUAACAUCGUAGGUAUUCAGGACUACAAGGAUGGUAUUGUCAUUGCCUACGGGGGCCACAAGCGGUUGCACCUGUUUCGGGUGGCCAAUCACCACGAUGUGGUGCAGAUGAUAGUCAGCAAUGCCCAGCAGUAUUUGGGCAUCGAUGUAAAGGUUUCGAAAAAUCAAAUCACCCUGGAUCAGUUCGAACGGGAACGAUUCGGAGCGCUCAGUGGUGAUCAGCAUCAGACUUCGUUGUCGGAGUUUAUCGUUCAGAAAAUAACCCCGCGUCAUUCGGAGCCCAUGCGACGAAUACUGUGCCUAACGGAUACCACCAUUUUGGAGCGGGAUCCCCAAACGUAUAGUGUUUGCACGUUGAGACCGUUGAUCGAAAUCUUUGCACUCAUCCGCUGCGAUGAUAAUAUACAGAAGUUCUCUAUCGAAUAUAAGAACGGUCUCACCAGAUCCUACCUAACUAAUGAUCGGGACUCACUGCUGGCCACUCUACUGGAUGCGGUUCGGUCCUGUGGAAACCAAGAUGUGCAUGUACGAAUCUCCAAAACACCGCGAGGAAAACGGGUCGGUCCUCUGACAGCGUGCGUCGACGAAGAAACCGAAGCGAAUCUGCUGCGGUACAUCAUCAGUUGCUACCAAUAUCCAGUGAAGAGGUUCGAUGUGUUGGAGCGGUUCAACGCUAACAUUCCAUACAGUGGACUGAACUACAGUGUUACUCAGGAUAGUUUAUUUUCAGAGAAUAAAGAACGUUUGAUAACGGCAGCACUCCAAGCGCUAGUCGGCGGAGGAUCCAAAGAAGAUAUGAACCAGUUGAAUAAUGUUGAGCUCGAGGCGUCGUUUCAUGUCCUCCGACGUCUGUUGGCCAGUAAGGUGGGCUUUGCUGCGUUUACCAAUCAACAAGGUUUUCGUGAAUCCAUUGGCCUACGGGUUGUCCAUGCUCUCAAGAGGAACAACCUUGCUGUUACGUAUGCGGCUAUCGACAUGAUAAAUGCUCUCAUGCAUCCAAUGCAUACGGAAUACGAUCUGAAGCAGGAACAGUUGAACAAAUCUUCUCUGCUGCACUCGAAAAGCUUUCUGGAACAACUACUCGACAUGUGGACUAAACACGUCAACUUAGGAUCCGGAGCGUUGGUCCUGUCGGCCAUGUUGGAUUUCCUUACGUUCGCACUGUGUGUACCCUAUAGCGAAACGACAGAUGGCAAGCAGUUCGACAUGCUGCUUGAAAUGGUGGCAACACGUGGGCGUACGCUGUACAAAUUGUUCCAACAUCCUUCGCUUGCCAUUGUGAAGGGUAGCGGACUGGUGAUGAGGGCAUUAAUCGAGGAGGGUGAUACGACUAUUUCGAACCAAAUGCAAACCCUUGCCCUGGACGAAGCGGCUCUAUGUCACCAUCUGUUGGUCGCGCUGUACACUCCGGCGCAUGAUUCCACAAUGGCAACGCAUCGGCAGCUGUCCCGGCACUUGGUGGGACUGUGGAUAACGGACCAUAAGGAUGCUAUGUGUCUGCUGAGGAGAAUAUUUCCUGCAGGCUUGUUAUCGUUCCUUGAAAGUGAAGAUCCCGUACCAAAGGAAGAUGCCGAAGAGGAUAAACUAAACUUCCGUGACAACCUUAAACUAGCAGUGCAACAUUCCAGUAGAAACAAACGGCUAAAUUAUCUGAUAGAGAAACAUCUGGAAGGCAUCAAGCAUUGGGGUCUGAACUUGAUGGACCGGCAGGAAAAAGUUCAACAGACGAUGAAGAAUCGUCCGAUCGUUCUGAGGAAUCGACGACAGAAGAAGAAAAUUGGGGAUGAGAUCGUGAAUCUACCGCUGUUCUUCUACCAAUUCAACAAGAAUCAUGCGAUGCCCAACCUGAUUUGGAAUCACAAAACUCGAGAAGAGUUGCGAACUUCUUUGGAAAAUGAGAUCCGACAGUUCAACGCGGACAAAGACUUGGCUGGAAGUAUGCUGGUGGCAUGGAACUACGAAGAAUUCGAAGUUCACUACCAAUGUUUGGCUGACGAGAUCAAAAUAGGAGAUUAUUACAUCCGGUUGCUGUUGGAACGAGAUGAUUGGCCACAAAAUUUGGUUAAAAAUCCCAUUGAACUGUUCAACGCUCUCUACCGAAGGGUGUUGUGUCGAAACAGGCUGAAUGAUGAUCAGCUUACAGUCACAUCGCUUCAAGCGCUAGCCAAAGUUUACAAAAGGUAUUACGAGGAAAUAGGAUAUUUCAGCGAUAUGCCGUACAUCCUUCAAAUGUUGGAUCGGUGUUUAUCGCCAGCACUGAGGGACGCUUUGAUCAUUUUGAUUAAGAACCUGGUUCUUCACAAGUCCAACUGCCGUCCAUUGGUGGAUCAUGUCAAUUGUUUAGUGGACCUGGUAACCUUAGCACAUUUGCACACGGGUCGAGCUAUGCCCAACACCAAAACUAACGUUAUCGAGGCUGGCCCUAACAUGAAGAUGCACGAGGAGAAAGAUUGGUAUUAUAACGUGGAACGGGAGAACGAGAAACCGGAGCGUUGCGGACCGGUUACUUUUUCGGAACUGAAAGAGCUUUGGAACAAAGGUGUGCUCACGCCCAGAACCCGCUGCUGGGCUGUUGGCAUGGACGGAUGGCGCUCUCUGCAGCAGAUUCCCCAAUUGAAGUGGUGUUUGAUGGCCAAGGGCUCGCCACUGUUCAACGAAACGGAACUUGCUCAACAUGUUCUGGACAUACUGAUCAAAUGCACGAGCUUCUUCCCAAGUCGAGCGCGAGAUGGCGAAGCAGUGCUUAUUCCAGGACCUCGAUUGUCCCGAAAAUUAUCCGAAUUUAUCUGCCUACCGCACAUUGUUCAAGUUUGCUUGACCCAUGACCCUGGUCUGUUGGAACGAGUAGCCACUUUGCUAUGCCAGAUAAUGGAAGAUAAUCCAGAAAUGUCCAAAGUUUAUCUUACUGGAGUGUUCUAUUUCAUGCUCAUGUAUACCGGCAGCAAUAUAUUGCCCAUCGCUAGGUUCCUUAAGAUGACUCACAUGAAGCAGGCAUUUCGCAGCGAAGAAACCACCUCUCAGUCAGGCAUCAUGCACCGCAGUAUUCUAGGCCAGCUUUUGCCUGAAGCAAUGGUGUGCUUUCUAGAAAACCACAGCUCUGAAAAGUUUGCCGAAACGUUCCUGGGAGAGUUCGACACGCCGGAAGUUAUCUGGAGCUCGGAAAUGCGAAGAAUGCUCAUCGAAAAGAUUUCUGCCCACAUUGCCGAUUUCACACCAAAGCUGAAAGGUCACACCAUGGCCCGGUAUCCGUACCUGGCGAUCCCAGUCAUCAGCUAUCCCCAGUUGGAGAACGAAUUGUUUUGUCAUAUAUUCUACUUGCGACAUCUGUGUGACAUUCGCAAGUUUCCUAAUUGGCCAAUUCCUGAUCCGGUUCAACUGUUGAAGCACACUUUGGAUGCCUGGCGGAAGGAAGUGGAGAAAAAGCCAUCUCAGAUGACCGUUACGCAGGCGUACGAGGACCUGGGAAUUGAUUUGGCGAAAUUUCCACAACCGGACGAGUCCGUCAUUCGCAAGAGUUACUAUCGAUUGGCCCAGAUGUACCAUCCCGAUAAGAAUCCGAAAGGAAGGGAAAUUUUCGAACGCGUCAAUCGAGCCUACGAGUUUCUGUGUUCACGACGGGGUAACACGGAUGGGCCCAACCCGAGCAACAUUGUGUUGAUUCUGCGAGCGCAAAGCAUUCUCUUCGACCGGUACGCGGAUGUCCUACAACCGUACAAAUAUGCCGGCUAUCCGCAACUCAUCAAAACAAUUCGUCUGGAAACGAAAGAUGAACAGCUGUUCUCUAAAACGGUUCCGUUGCUUAGCGCUGCUUCCGAGCUGUGCUACCACACGGUUCAUUGCUCUGCACUGAAUGCGGAAGAACUGCGACGGGAAGAGGGCAUAGAAGCACUGCUGGAAGCAUAUUCUCGAUGUGUCUCUAUCAUGGGAGCUGACUCACAGCGGGAUUCGCUGCACUAUGAAGUGAUAUCGAACAUCACCCGGUGCUUCGAAGUGGCUUGUAGUUUUGAAAACUGUCGGAAGAAGAUCUUAGAGUUGCCACAGUUGAUCGUGGAUGUUUGCAGAGUGGUCUACUUCAAGCAUUCGCUUUCAGUUAGUCUGGUGACCAGUUUGGCUGCCAACAACUACGACUUACAGUGUAAUCUAGUGCGAAAUGGGGUAUUGUGGUCUCUUAUGAUUUUUAUGUUCGACUAUGACUAUACGCUGGACGAAAGUGGUGUAUCGACAGAAGAGCAAUCGAACAAUCAGCAAGUUUCGAACAAUCUAGCGAAACUGUCUCUGUUGGCUUGUGUUGCUCUUGCCGGAUAUCAAAUGACCCUUAUCGAUGAUCCUAAACAAGCUGUUACGAAGUCAACGCCCAAAUCGAAUCCCACCUCUCGAAGUGAUUCCCCUCAACAGCCGGCCGCCAUCAGGAGCAACUCGCUCACACAGUCACAAACGUACUCCCAAAAUGCCUCAAAUCUUAUUCAGAACAAUUCAAACUUGAUACAGACAGCUGCCAUCAUGGAUCGCACGUUGCAAGACAAACCCGAAACUCAGGCGUCAGAUGCUUCCUCCGUCGAGCUGUCCGAGUGUGAGAAAGGCUUGAGCAACAAGAAGUAUAAGAUAUCGGCCACCGCACCCGCCAACACCGUGGUCAAGAAAAUGCUAGAUCAACUGCUGACAGCGUUUGUGGCGAACAAGAUGGUUUCCGAUAAAGAAACGGAGGUGCUGAAGCUUCUCAAUUCAAACACCAGGAAUCCGUAUCUCAUCUGGGACAACGGAACGCGUGCACAGCUGAUGGAUUUCUUGGAGUUCCAGCGAACCAAUGCAUCCAAAGAGCAGUAUGAGGACGUGGCCGAUAUUCAUGAAAUCGUGAAGGGAUUUUCAUUUGACGCUCACAGGGACGAGCUGAAAAUCGGAGGCAUUUUCAUCCGAAUCUACAACGAAAUGCCAACGUUCCCAAUCAUCAAUCCGAAAACGUUCGUAAUCGAUCUGCUGGAGUUCCUCAAACAGGCUUACAAUCACCUAACCGCCAAAAACGUCAAACCACUGCCACCGCCGCCAAGUGGCAACACCGUCAACAGCCAAGGUAUUCUCAUUCCCACUAAAACAUGGAAACCUCUUGUUCCGACCAAAAGCAACCCAGUGAACAGUAAUAUCAUCAACAAUAAUACAAAUACAGGUGGUCCCCAGCAGAAGCAACCGGACAUCAACGCCGUACUGAGCGAGUACAGUCGCGCAAGACAACGAAAUCAUUUGACCACUUCCGGAUCGGCUUCCGUGGAUGACACUUCGAAAACGUACGAUUUCGCUUCGAACCCGAAUGCGAUCAAUCACAUAGUGAUGGCGAUGAAGGCCCUCAUCUCUGUCAUCAAAUCGAACACCAAUGUAGAGAUUCAGUGCAUCGGACACUUCGAAAUGUUGUUCGGGUUCCUGUCGUCCAGCUUGUGCGAUCGGGAUAAAAUCCUGAAAACGCUGGCGCUGGAAAUCGUGUGUCUAGUGUCUCGCAACAAGGAAUGUGUCACUGAAAUCUCAGCCUGCGAAAUAUUUGGUCUCUAUUUGAUUGCCUUGAAGGAUAAGGACCUACGCGACAUGCAACUGAAAGUGCUGGAAACGCUUUCAGGGCUGCUCAACGUUCCCAAAAUGAUCAAAGAGGGGCAUUCUAAAGGCGCUGUAAUAUAUUUGCUAGAUCUGUUUUGCAAUUCGAACAAUCCGCAGAUACGGGAAUGUUGUGCGGAAUUACUAUCAAAGAUGAACGCCGACAAACUCAGCGGACCAAAGAUUCGCAUUACGGUUUGUAAAUAUUUACCAUCAGUAUUCUUGGACGCUAUGAUCGAUUCCCCAUCGGUGGCUGUUCAAAUGUUUGAAUCUACUCAUGAGCAUCCGGAGCUAAUCUGGAAUGAUCGAAUACGAAGUAGCGUAUCGGAUGCAGUGCAUGACAGUGCCGAUAGUUUCUUCGCCCAGCAGAAGCAAAACCCGAAAACUAUUUGGCGGGAUCCGGAGGUUUUGCCAGAUAUCUGUUCCAGUGAGCUGGUCGUUUCCGGCGUUUAUCUAAGACUGUACAUUUCCAAUCCGGGAUGGACCUUACGCAAACCAAAGCAAUUCCUUGCCGAUUUGUUGGAUUUCAUAGUGGACAACAUCAGUCGGAACGGUGUUGAUAAGAAUAUACUGGAUAUCUCAACGACUGCACUGGUCCUGCUGCUAAAUGCACAACCAAACCUUGCCGAUUCGGUACCAGUGUUGGGUCAUAUACCCAAAUUCUUCCGUCAAUUAUCUGUUCAACCAAAAAGCGCGCUCACCGUACUGCAUCAGUUGUCACUUUCAGAGAUUUGCGUGAGUGCCAUUUCACAGACGGAUUGUAUUCUAGCGUUGAAGUCGUGCAUGGAAAGUCACCGGGAACUGGUUGCUACAUCGUGUGAGACAUUGAGUAGACUAUUCAAGUGUCAGCAUGACUCCCUCAUACGUCAAUCACUGGAGUGUCAACUGAUUCCCUAUUUGUUGGGUUUACUGGAGAGCCGCAUUGAAGCCACCACAAACCCGGCAAUGGUUAAGGCCCAAAUUGUGGCCGCCCUCAAAGCCAUGACAUCAAACCUGACCUACGGCGAUCGAGUGGCACACAUACUGAAUCAGAACCCAGUUUGGGCAGAGUAUCGGGACCAGAAGCACGAUCUGUUCAUCACCGACACCAACGUUAGGGGCUAUCUUACAGGAGCUCCCAACACUACCGCUGGGUAUCUGACCCAGGGGCCAGCCAAGAACGUCGAAGUGCUGACUUCACCACCGCCGAUUGAUCGGGACGACCCACUGUUUUCGCGUAGUACCAGCAACGAUUCGUAAGUAUCACACAGACAAGACUCAAUGCUAUUCCACACAUCCUGUGCUGCUAGCAGAAAUUUUGGCAGAACAAGUAGUCGUAAUAUUUCCCACUCACGUAAACAACAAAACUUUGAACCAGGGUCGCCAUUUCGUCUAAAUAGUUUAUAAAAUCUUGUAAAUGAACUGAUAAACAUAAUGGCUAGUUAGCAUUCGAAAGAGGAGUACUAAAAUGAUCUAAUAGUGACGUAGCAUUAUUCAUCGGUUAAUGAAAGUAAUGACGUGUAAUAUAUCACCAUCAGAAAAUAGCUUAUAAAGUUUAACUGCAAACUCUAUACAUAAGAUAAUGGAUUUUUAUUAUAUUGUGAUAUUUUUAAAAUGUAAUUUAUAUAUUGAAGUCACAAUAACUUCGCAAGGAAUAAAAAGAACUAUAAACUAGA